UAUUAUUGACAAACGAAGUCAAAGGCCCUUAUUUGACCUUUCGAUCCCCAAAGCACAAAACCCUAAACCCAAACACAUGACCGUUCUUUCUCAUCUCCGGCGAGCCUUUUUCCGGCCACCGUCGUUCAUUCCGGCAUAUCCUACCACCACAACUUUAACCUCAGCAUACCACUUCAUACACAGCGAACACAACUCAACAGCCUCCAUUAAAUCUGAAGAUAAAAAAACUCAAGGGAAGUGGUUAACAUUGCCGCCGUUCAAGGCCACCGUUAACGGUGGUUCGUUAGGAAAACGUAUUGCUGGAACGGGUGAAGGAGAUGCAGGCAACACAACGGCGAUUAAGUGGGUCAUGCGGUGUUGCCCGCAGCUCCCCAGGUCUCUCGUGCAGAAGCUAUUUCGAUUACGACAGGUUCGACGCAAACCUUUCGAAAGUUCAAAAUCGGUUGGAGAUGUUCAUGCUCCAGAUAGCCAAGUCAAAAGGGUAUCGGCCAAAGAUUCUAUGAGAUUUGGUGAUACGGUUUAUCUUCCUAUUACAGUACAAGCAUUGCCGACUGAGAAAACAGAGUGCCUUUGCACCGAAGAAGAACUAAAGUUUCUUCAUGAUCUUGAGUUGUACAAGGAUUCCGCCGUCAUCGUCAUCAAUAAACCUACCGGAAUGCCUGUUCAAGGUGGUAUUGGAAUAAAACGAAGUUUAGAUGAAUUAGCUGGAACUUAUUUGAGACAUGAAUUGUCUGAAGCACCGAGACUCGUGCACAGGCUUGAUAGAGAUAGCAGUGGCAUUUUGGUCUUGGGGAGAACACAACUCAGUGCUACCGUUCUGCAUUCCAUUUUUCGUGAGAAAACUGUCGGUGCUUCCAAUAUCGAUUUAAAGAGUGAAAAAAGAUUCUUGCAAAGAAAGUAUUGGGCACUUGUAAUCGGGUCACCCAGGCGUCCACAAGGUCUAAUUACAGUUCCGUUGGGAAAGGUGGUAAUGGAUGACGGAAGAUCAGAACGUAUUACGGUUGUUGAGAAUGUCUCAACGACUCCAUCCCAGCAUGCCAUAACAGAAUACCGGGUUCUUGAUUCUUCCGUUCAUGGUCUCACAUGGUUAGAGCUUUCUCCACUCACUGGUAGAAAACACCAGCUACGAGUCCAUUGUGCUGAGGUAUUGGGAACACCGAUAGUCGGAGACUACAAAUACGGGUGGCAAGCUCACAAGAAAUGGAACCGGGCCCAAAUAUCUGCUUCUAGUCUUGAACACAAAACCGAGGUCUGUAACAAAACAUCACUUCCUUUUGGCCUUAAUUUAGAGAGCGGGAGUAUCACCGAUAAGCAACCUAACCUUCAUUUGCAUUGCAAGAAAAUGGUUUUGCCUGACGUGUCAUCUGCUAUAAAGCGGGCCCAUGUUUCGUCCUCAGUUUAUGAUUUUUCAGACAUCAAAAGCCUGAAAUUUGAUGCUCCAUUGCCAGCUCACAUGCAAAGAAGUUGGGACAUUUUGUGCUCCUGAUAUGCCUCUAGUCCUUCAAGAUUUUUUUGCUUAAGUUCCAAUAUACAAUAUGCAAUAUUCAACAUACAUCUCCCAUUUGAUAAUAAAAUGUAGAAUUGCCCUUAAGUUUUCCAAAUUGGGCCUUGGGGGAAAGAGUUGAAGAGUUUAGGAUUGGAUUUAGGGUUAGAUGAUUUAUAAUCUUUUACUGUAUUAUGAGUAGUAAAAUUUUAGCAACUAUUUUUCUCCAUUGAAUUCUUGUCCAGAUUUUAUGAUGAGAAUCUGAGUUUUAAUUUCUUA